AUGGAGGGUGACAAGGACAAUCAUUGUUAUCAAACAAAACAUAUUAACCCAUGCCGUGUCUUAAGCAGCAUAGCAAAAUACUACUGCUGUAAUAAAAGUGAUGUUGAGUCUUUUAAUUUUAGCGAAAAACAUAUCCUGUUGGGUACUGAUAAAAAUAAUAAUAAUGUAACUGAUGAUGAAUGCAUAGGUAUAUUGAAACGGGGAUACGAUUGUAGCAGAGUUCCACACAAUGAAAAUUUUGAAGGCAAUGUAAAUGUGAAACAAGUAUAUAAAAAAAAUUCAUCAAAAUUAUCAAAAAAUGAAAAAACCUCGAGAAAUUAUGAUUUUAAUGGAUUGAAUAUUAAAAAUGAAACAAGUAGCUAUGCCUACUUGGAAGAAAAAUUCCCAUAUAUCAUACAAAAAAAUUCCCCUUUCAGUCAAAAUAUUUCAUAUACUCCAAGUGAAACAAAAAAAAAUGAGUUAUAUAUACCAGGAGUAAACGUUAAUAAAAAUGUAAAAAUACACAGCGACCAUUACACAUGUGUUGAGGAGUGCUAUGCGAAGAAGGAAAAUCAAGAAAAAGUUCCAAAGAAAGAACCAUAUGAAAACAGAAGCAAUAUUAAUAUUACUCUGAGUGAAUGUAAAAAAUUUAACUGUGAGCAUAAGAAUGGAAUGCAUCACGAAAAAGUAGAUAAUGUGAAUAGCCAAUCUCAUUUCGAACAUGAACAUCCAAAUGUCUAUAAUAACAUAACAAUGAAUAAUAAUGUAAUUGAUAAAACGUAUAACACAAAAGAUGAGUUAAUAUUAGAGAAAAUAAAAACUAUGCUCCAGAUUAGUGAUAAGAAAAAGGGGAAUGGACAAAUAGAACAUUUAAUGAAAGAUUCGAAUACACUUUGCGUAGAUGAUAUCCUACAAUAUGAGACACCACUUUCACCUGUAUUAGAAAAACGGUUAUUAGGGAACAAUGAAUCAAAUAAUACUAAACAUGAACUAGAGAAUACAUGUAAAAAUGGAAAAGUAAUAUCAAAAGAGUACAAAGAAAAUGAAAACGAAACAUGUCCUUUGAUAUUCCUUUCAAAAGGAAGGGCAAAGGAGCAACCACUGUUAGUUGAUAAUUUCAGUCAAACUCUUAGGAAAAAAAAAAAAACUGUUAAAAUCAAAAAAAGAUUAAAAUUAGGUCUAAACGGAAGAAAGAAAAAAAAAAUUAAAAAUACAAAUGCGCAGAAAAAAAUGAGUAAUAUGAAGAACUUUAACGUUAGAAAAGUGAAGGUAACAAAAUUCACCUGUCCGAAAAAGCGAUAUUCUAUUAUGAACAAAUCAAAACAAAACUACUAUUGCAAUAUGAAAAGGAAAAUUCCUAUUAUUAAUUUAAAAAAAGGAUUUUUGCAUAUAAGGAAUAAAAAAGAUAAUCAAUUGAGAACAAAAAAUGCUAAAGAAUGUACACAAAAAAGGAUAUCAACUGUGAAGAAAAAUAAAAAAAAAUCAUCCGACGUGAAUAAAGGGGUGAAUAAUUACUCGCUUCGAUUCAAUUCUUCGAAGGACAGGGAUAAGGACGGAAAAAAUUACAGACAAAAAAAUAUUCUCACAGAUUUAGCAAAAUUUUCUAACAAAAAUUCACUUUUAAAUAAAAAAAAAAUAAUCAAAAACAUAAAGUCAAACAAGGAAAAAAAACAUUGCUCUGUAUCAAAAAAUGGUAUAAACGACAGCAAGGGAGAAGCAGAAAAACAUAUUAUGCCUGAUAAUCUGGACAUCCAUGGUAUUGUAAUGGAGAGUAGUGUAAAUUGCGGAAUACAAUCGGAUGAGGUAUAUCUUAUGUCAACAAGAGAUACAAGCAAUCCUCGUGUUCAUAAAAUUCUUAUUGAAAAUGUUAGAAGUAAUUCCUAUGAUUCCGUUUUAAGUGGUGAUAUAAGCAAUUCUUCACACAGAUCAUCAACUAUGGAAACCUAUAAUUCAAAAUUUGCAAAAAUUAAAGAAUAUUUUGAAAAAACAAAUGACAUACCUUGCUACUCUAAUGAGGAAUAUUACACAUGUUCAAAAAGUGGGAGUAAUCGAGACGCAGAAGAAAACUUCAACGACUCUACUAAAAGUGUCACAGAAAAUAUAAAGAAUUGUUGUCCAAAUGUUAAGAAUUAUUUCGAAUUAUGUGCGGGAAAUGGUUUAAACUAUAUAGAUCUUACGAAACUAAAGAUAGAAUUCCAAAAAAGUAACUUAAACAAUGACCUAAGAAGUUUAGAACAUAUCAAUAGAAGUACCAGAGCACACAGUAAUGACAUUAGUGAUAAAUUCAAUUUUGAAUUACGUGGAGUAAAGAACGUACAAAAAAUGUUGAGAAAAUAUGAUGAAAAAAAUAGGACAAACCUAUGCAAUAAAAAUUUAAAAUUUGUGGUCCUUAAGAAAGUGGCCCAUAUUCUGAAAGAUGCACAUGAAAACACACAAUCAUUUAAAGCAUAUAAGGAGGGGGGGGGAACUUUUGACAUUAUCAAGAAUGACAUAAUAAGAGAAAAAUUAUCAAAUAAGCUAAAAUUUGAUGAUUCUGAAAAAUGUCACAAUUGUUGCGAAAUGAGGUUGAAAGAAUAUGUUAGAAGCAGGAGUAAUGAUUCCUUUUUUGAAAAAACGAUUCUUAUUACAAAAAUGGGAUACACUAAAUUGAUGAACAGACAUAUGAACAAGGAAAAGUGUUUAAAGGAUAGGAACAUGUUCUUGUUUAGCACGAAUUUGUUAAAGCAGCGCUCAUUUUUUCUACACCAAGGGACAUACGAAAAUGAGGUUGUGUAUAUACUAAAUUGUUUAACAUUCUAUUCAUACAAGAUGAAGAAUUUACUCAAUUAUUCUAUAAAGAGAAGACAGCAAAAUGAACAAGUUUUGGAAGUUAAAUUUUUUACACUUUGCUUAAUUUAUUUAAUUGAAAAGGUCAAAAAAAGUAGACUCACUAUAUGUCUGAAAGGGGCUUCCAAUUUAAUAUACGAACUAGUGAGAAUGGUUAGAUAUGGUAUAUUGAAACUUCCUCCAAAUGUGGAAGAUACAAAACUUGAGUUGGUCAUUAUGAAAAUAUAUCUAAUAGAGUUGAUUAAAAUGUCCAGGCUGUUAUUAACAUCACUAGGAUGUAAUAAAGAGGGAAAAAUUAAAAUUUCAUCAAAUUCAUCAUCCAUCAAGGAUACAAGUCUUGUUCUAGGAGACAAUACACUUAGUAAGGAUAAAAAACACACAGAUUUAUCACUAGCGGGGAAAGAAGUAGCACACGAAAUGAAUAAAUUAAAGGGAAAUUUUAAAGAGGAGAAUUUUGUUCAUAGGUUGUCCCUUUCUCUACCACUUUGUAAACGAAAUGAUAUCCUUUUCAGUACAAAUGGUAAAACGGUCUAUGAAAAACGUGAUAAUAACAAUUCUGCUACAAAGGAUAAUAAGAAAUUCGAAUGUUCGGAAAAACAUUUAUGUGAUAGGGGGACAAGCUCAGCGGGGAUGAAUUCCAUUUUUAAAGACAAAAAUGAUAUGAUAAAACGAAUUGAUAGAUUUAAACCUUUACAAAAUUGUGUAAAACUAGAACAUCAUAUGGAAAAUAACCCUAAUUAUUGUGGUAUUUAUGAGAUAAUGAAAAAGUUGAAAAAAGAUGUCUUAUUGUUGGAGCAGAAUAGUUAUAAAAAUUCCUGUAAUUUAAGAUUACUGAUGAAAUACUUGGACAAGUUAAGCUAUAUAUAUAAGGUAAAUACUUCUCUAUCUCUUGAACUAAAAAAGGGGGAAAUUUUAGCUGAUGAAAUUAAAAAAGUGUUACAACAUGUUAAAGAAAAAAUAAUUAUAUGGAAAAAAAUGAACGAAACUCUAUGCGAUAUAUCAACUUUGUAUUCUAUAAAAAGAAUUCAAAAAAAAAUGGAAAAAAUUAUUUUUACAUUUUUUGGAGACACAUCGGAGAAACAACCCCAGAGAAGGGACAUUUUGGAAGUUUCUUCUUGUGAGACAAAAUACAACUAUGUUAAGAACCCAAGAGAUGCAUGUUUUCCCCUGAUAGAGGAAAAGUCAAAUUUGAACGUAAUAAACAAAGGAGGAACCCCAGAGAAUAGAAACCAAAGCAUCAAAGUGAAUGACAAAUUGGGUAAUAGCAAAAUGAAAUUACAGAAUCUUAGUAAGAAUGAUGAAAAAGAAAUGAGCAUAGGAUAUGGAAUAAAUGGUUAUCAUGACGAAACGGAACAUUUAAAUCAAUUAAAUGAUGAUCUGAAUGAGGCUAUCCAAUAUAAGAAGGAGGAAUUUUUAACAAAGCCGAAUAAUCAUUAUACCACGUUAAAAGAAUAUAAGGAAGAGUUAUCACUAAUGAAUGACCUUCAAAAUAGCGAUAAUAUACUCGUUAAUGAUUCUUUAGAUUACAUGAACAUUUCAGAAUUCGCAACAAUGUUAGAUGAUUAUGUUAACAAAAAUUUAUGUAGAAGUAAAUUAGGGGAAACUUUAAAUGGUAGCAAUGUGGAAUAUGAUCAAAACGAUAUUGGAAUUUCCCAACAUUUGAAUGCAUUUUUUACAAAACAGAACGCAAAAAAGAGAAGUGGUGUUAUUCCUCUCGAAGUUAAUCCAUAUAAAGAUAUCCAUACAAGUUUAAACUCUGAAAAAUGUCGUAAUCUCAUUAAGAUUCAUGGUGACUACUCUUCGCUUGAUGGAAAACCUUCGUACGAUGAAUCUCUUUUUUCGUGUGAAUUUUGUGAAUCCCAUGAUAACGCAAAACAUUCCAAGAGUAAGUCAUUCGAAUUUAUUACUAAUAAUGGUAAUAACAAUAUAGUGAAAUACUUUAAAAUUUAUUCACAACGUGACUGA